AUGUCCCAAGUCGUAUAUAUCACCGUCGAACCAUCGGAACAGACUUGUGUAGACGGGAUCUCCCAAAAGCAGUCCGGUUGGAUCCACGAACAUUUGAUCGAGAGCGCCGAUCCUGUCAAAGGCCGCCAGUUCCGCGCAUCCCAUCACAUCCCGAAAGGCACCUGUCUCCUCGUCGACCGCCCUUAUGCAGUUAUUCCCGUCGUUGAUGAGCCUGCUGUCAACGACAAUCUUAUUUGCAACAAUCCCGCUUGUAAUCGUCGAGCCCCUCGCGCCGAGAGAUACUCAUGUCUGAAUGCUUGCAUUCAAGACGUGGCAUGGUGCAGCAGCAUCUGCAAAGACGCCGAUAAAUCUCGACAUGACUUUGAAUGCACGUGGCUCAAAAGAUAUGCUGAGUCAAUACGAAACAAACUGGGUGAAUACGAAUUCGGCAUGCUCUGGCUGAUUGUCCGUCUGCUCGCCACUCGACAUGUUGAAUUGCAAGAGCACGGAUCCAUGACCGGAUCCCAAACCCGGCGUUUCAAACAUGGCUGGGAAGCCAUCGACUCGCUAUGCGGGUCAUCCGGAACAUGGUCCCAUGAUCAGGUCAAGUCCUGGACGACUCUCGUGAAGAAGUACCUCAAGAGCAGCCCGGCGCUACCCCACGGGUUGAGUACGGACCGAAUCCUUCAUCUCAUCUGUCAAGAAGAGGCGAAUUCAUUCGGACUUUAUCCCAGAGAAACAGGGCAUUUUCCUCCGCCGAGCCCGCCAAUUGAUAGAGGAGAGCAGUUCGCUGCGGCCGUUUAUCCCACUGCAGCAAUAGCUAACCAUUCAUGUGUGCCUAAUAUCAUUCAUAAGCCCAACGAUGAAGGCCACAUGGUCUUUACCGCGUCUCGCGAUAUUUUCCCCGGUCAGGAAUGCUGCAUCUCCUACUUCGACCUCACGCAACACUCAGAACUCGACUCGCGCCGUGGGCAUCUUCGAAAAUCAUUUCGGUUCGUGUGUCAUUGUGAUCGCUGUGUCUCUGAAGAGCCAGCGGAAGACACUGUAGAGUGGUCCGCGAUGCCGCUAACGGACGAUACGAUAUAA